AUAUUUUUAUUUACACCCGGAAAGUCUUAAGGGAAAACGCGUCGUUUUCAGCAUAAUUUUGCAUUCUCUUUUUAAAUUAAAUUAAUUUAAGUGCAAAUCAAGUGUUAAACAUGACAAUGGCACAUCCUUCUGUCGAUUUAGUGGAAGAAGAUGCAGCAGAUCUUCAAUUUCCCAAAGCAAUUAUUUCAGCAGAUUCUUCUAAAUUUUCCAAUAAACCAUCACUAGAACUAUCAAGUUACUCAAACAGACCUAAAUUGCUAUGCAGUUCCUGCUCAGGGAAUCUCUGUGAGCCUUUUGUUAAAUGUCUCGAGUGUCCGGAUAUUUUAUGUGCUCCUUGUUUUGCUUCCGGGGCUGAAACCCGGCAGCAUAGAAACUUCCACUCAUAUACAAUCUAUCAGGAUAAUUUUCCCAUCUUUCCCGGAUCUACGUGGACUGGGAAGGAAGAGAAACUCCUGGUGAAUUUGGUGGGAAAGUAUGGAUUUGGUAAUUGGAAUGAUAUUGCGAAGUUUAUGGAAAAAUCAAGCCGGGAAUGUAAAAAUCACUACCAUAAGUUCUACCUUCAAGGAUUUGUGGGUAGAAUGAGUGGGGUGGAUGAGGAGCCAUAUUUCCGGGAAUGUCGCCCUUAUUGGGCGAAAACUGAAAACGCCAGGCUAUUUAGAUUCCUUCCGGAGUCUCUGCAUGGUAAGGCUCUGGCCGGAUAUCGUGCAGCACGGGGAGAUUUUGACAUCCCCUACGACCGCACAGCUGAAAGUAUCCUCAAUGGGGUGGACACAGAUCCUUGGCCAAAUGAAGAAGACACAAUUGCAGCAGAAACCCUCAAUUGUAGCAUCUUCCGGGCUUUUAAUCAUCGUCUAAGGGAACGCCACAGAAGGUAUCGAGUUAUUCGAGAACAUGGUCUCCUGGAUCACCAAUCCUCAGCAACUCGGCUGCGAGGCAUAGAAGAAAUCCUCUCAGUGGGAAAUCCAUCCAUACCCAAAGCCAACAAUUCCUUGAGAUUUGGUGCUUUUAUGCAGCUUCUUUCCGCUGAGGAGUUUGAUCUUCUCGUGAUACGCCUGAAGCAUUCCCAGGAUCUCCGGUGCUACCUUCAGAAACUUCAUGAAUUGCGCCGUCUGGGAGUGACAUCAAUUCACGGCGGAAAACUCUACCACAAACUCCUGGCAGCAAGAAAUCUCCGGAUAAAACAGGAAGCAAAUGAGAGAGAAUCUCUAGAAGGGCCGGAAAAUAUUUUUCCGCAAGGCAGGAAAAGUAAUCCCAUUGAUAUUGUGGGACUUUCCGGCUACGAUAAACUUUCAGACGAUGAAAAGCAUAUCUGCAGCACUUUGAGACUCGAACCCAAUGCCUUCUUUGCUCACAGAGAUACUCUUGUAGGAGCAAAUGCCAAGCAUGGUCAUUUGCCUCUGGGUGAGGCAAGAAAACUCCUCAAGAUCGAUGUCAACAAGACGAGAAAGCUCUAUGAUUUCCUCAUAACUCAGGGACUCAUCAAUAAACCAGAAAACUAAAUUACCAAUAAAAAAAAUGUAGAAAAGACAAUUCCUUCCCACAGCAUCCCUCUGAAAGUCCUCUUCAUCUGCUUUCUUCCACAGAAUUCGAGAAUGCCGAAACCCUACUGAUUAGUGAAGUUCACAUGCUCCUGGAUCACCGAAAGAAACUCAAUGAAUCUGCAGAUGAAGAACAGGAAUUCUCAGAGGUUUUCCUCAAAACCUACAGCUAUACAGACAUUUUCCGGAAGUUCAAGAACAAGGAGACCAUUGCAGCUGUUCGGAGUUUGCUAAUGCAGAAGAAAUUACACAAAUUUGAACUAGCAGCCCUGGGGAAUCUCUGUCCAGAGGCACCUGAAGAAGCCAAGGCACUAAUCCCAUCCCUAGAAGGACGCUUUGAAGAUGAAGAAUUACGACAGAUUCUCGAUGAUAUUGGCACAAAGAGAAGUUUGCAGUAUUAAAGACAUUUUCCCAGCUCAAACUCGCUUGGCUGCCUCGCGAGGGAGAGCAAUAAUGUAA